ACAGCAGGUAUCUCCUUGGCUUUCUCUUCCUGUUAGAACUGGAUGCAUUUGGGUGUCAAAGGCAGCCGAUGGGGAGAGGAAGCAGGAAGCUGGGUUGGCCAGUCUGGCCCCGGGUAUUCACUGGUUAUUGUUUCUGGCCCUGCCCUGCCCGGACGGACUCCCAUUCACUCAGUGAUCAGAAGCUCUGGGUCCCGGGACUGCAGGAGGAAGUCUCUAAAGCAGAGGCGGGAAGAAAGCAGCGCACCCCUGAAGCGUUCAACUCCUAAGGAGGCUGCGUCCUCAUUAGCAGCAGUUUUAUUCACGAGCCACGUCAGCUGCAGGGUGGAGAAACGUGAUGAAGGACAGCUGCCCAGCGCGGCUCCCAGAUUUGGAGUCAGGGGGGUUGAGUGCUGUUUGGGUGUGUUUUCCGUACGUCGCUGCGAAGUGAUGGCAGCUCCGGGAACUAACUUUACAGCAGAAGGAAUUUGACCGUGCUUCCUCUUUUUGCAAGCUCCAGUCUGCGCUUAUUGAGUGGUGCAUUCCUUUUGGACCCCCACUCACCUAUUCCCGGGAGCAAAAAGGAAGUCAGUGUUUGCUUUUCCAGCAAGGUCACGGAUCACCUGACCCAGUCCUCUAACAGCUGGGAAGCAGACGGGGCUGUGCUGAACUCAUUGUGCACAAUCAGCGCUCGUCCUGCAGCCCCCGACCUGGCUUUCUGGGAAGGAGACUCGGAAGCCGUUCCAGCUUCUGGUUCCAGGCUCUGCAGGAGAGGAUGCAAAAGGAGAGUCCUCAGCUGGAGGAAGAGUGCCUGAGAGGCUGAGGGUGACACUGCCGAAAAUGGAGAAGACAGACGCCAAAGACCAGUCCUUUCCGGGGAAUGAAAAGAAAGACCCUCCAAAGAGCCAUCCUUACUCCGUGGAGACCCCAUAUGGCUUUCACUUAGACCUGGACUUCCUCAAGUAUGUGGAUGACAUUGAGAAGGGAAACACCAUCAAGAGGAUUCCUAUCCACAGAAGGGCCAAGCAGGCCAAGUUCAGCACUCUGCCCCGAAACUUCAGCCUUCCAGACAGCGGGGCCCGCCCCCACGUAGCUCUUCCCCACCAAAACUGGUCCCCAGGGGUAUCAAGGAAGGCACUGCUGGGGACUCGGGAGCAAACGCAGUCACUGCCCCUGGGUGAUCCCCCGCAGGCCUCAGCCAGCAGCAGUGAGCUGAGCUACCAUAGGAAGGCGCUGCUGGCAGAGGCCGCCAGGCAGCUGGAGGCUGCUGCUCCCGAGAACGCCGAGCUCGCCCCUGGGGGUGCACGACCCCACCUCCUGAGAGCGUCCAGCAUGCCGGCCACGCUGCUGCAAAGCAGGGCCCCGGAGGAGUUGAGCCUGAGCUCAGCGCCCCCCAUCCCUCCUGCCUUCCCUCCACCGCCAGGUGAAGGCAGUGUCUGCGAUGGCACAUUGGGCCCCGUGGAAGGGUUUGCAGCUGUACACAGCUCCAGCCCAGGAGCGUCAACCCAAGUGAAAGUCAGAGAGUUGGGAGACCUGGGGCCGGGGAUUUCGGAGCUGGUCCUGGAGGCAGCCGAGCCUCCUGAAGGUGAAAUGAAGGCUGUCAGUCACCUCCCUCUCCCAAGUCCUCCUUCCUCGUUCCCAGUGGCGCUUGUGGUUCUGGAGGAUGCAGAAGACAAAACCAGAGACGCCGACACGGUGUUCACCCCCAGCUCCCUGACACCAAGCCCUCCACCUCUGCCAUCACCCAUCCCUGAAAGUGAGCUGCCCCUAGAAGAAAUUGAGCUCAAUAUCAGCGAGAUCCCGCCCCCGCCACCUGUAGAGGUGGAGGUGCGAAGCAUUGGCAUUCGGGUAACGGAGGAAAGCCUGGGUCUGGCCGGGAUGGAUCCUGGCAGCAUUUCCAGCCUGAAGCAGCAGCUCUCGGCCCUUGAGGGUGAGUUGUCUGGAAGAACCAAAGAACUGGCUCAAGUCAGAGCUGCCCUGCAGCAGCAGGAAGAGGAAACCAAGGCUAGGGAGCAGAGGAUUCAAGAGCUAGAGUGUGCUGUAGCCCAACUGGAAGGAAAGCUUAGCCAAGGGAGCACCAGAGAGGCCGAGGGCCAGACUGAUGCCACGGUGAACACUGACCCUCUCCAUGGACUGGUGGCCAGGGAGUCAUGCGACAAGAGCAUUGGGGUCAACCUGGUGGGCAUCAUGGACUCUGAAAGCUGGGGGGUCAGAGGGGAGGAGAAUGGCCUCCCAUGGGGGCAAGACAGUCACUCACAAGGACUUGCAGAGCGUGUGCCACCACCCCAGCUGUCACUGCCACAGGGACCCAAGAGGGUCCUCACCUCCCCUUUACACAGCUGCCUCUCCACCGAACUCAGGAUCGAAGAAGCAGGCUCUGAGCAGGAAGGAGACCCUCGGGGAGGAGCUGAGGGCCUGGCCGAGGGAGCAAGAGGCUCUUCAUGGAGCAGCGAUGGAGAAGCUCCCCCAGCAGGAAGAGAGGAAACCAGUUCUGAGCUCCCAGGCAAGGAGCGCCCAGGAAGACCACCAAGUUCGCCAACCGAUGCCACGAUUGGGCAAUAUGUGAAGAAAAUCCAGGAACUGCUGCAGGAGCAGUGGAACUGCCUGGAGCACGGGUACCCGGAGCUGGCCAGUGCCAUCAAGCAGCCGGCCUCCAAGCUCAGCAGCAUCCAGAGCCAGCUGCUGAGCUCCCUCAACCUGCUGCUCUCUGCCUACUCGGCCCAGGCGCCAGCGCAGAAGGAGCCCCCUGCUCCCUCCUCCCCGCCAGUGGAGAUCUCCCCGUCGACCAGCCUUAAAUCCAUUAUGAAAAAGAAAGACUAUGGCUUCCGUGCAGGAGGUAAUGGGACCAAAAAGAACCUUCAGUUUGUUGGGGUUAACGGUGGCUACGAGACCACCUCAAGCGAGGAGACCAGCGAUGAGGACAGCACCCCGGAGGACUUGUCUGAAGGCGAGGCUGAGAAGAAGCGCGACGGUCCGGAACACAGGCGGGCCAGGGAUGCCCACCCUAGCUGUGAACCCGGGCAGGGCGUCCCUGAGGACGCCAGCAACGCCGGCCAGGAAAGGGGGCCUGGGGAAGAAGCCCCCCACGCCAAGCCUGAGAGAUAUAAACCCUCAGAAGAAUUUCUGAUUGCCUGUCGGGCCCUGAGCCAACACCUGCCAGAGACUGGGACCCUCACCGACGGACUCCCGAGGCAGAGCCUGAAUGCCAUCAGCCAGGAGUGGUUCCGUGUCUCCAGCCGGAAGUCGUCCAGCCCUGCCGUGGUGGCCGCCUACCUCCUCGGGGUCCAGUCUCUGUCCCCACGUCUCCUGAAGCUGCUUGUCAACUUGGCUGACCGCAACGGGAACACGGCCCUUCACUACAGCGUGUCCCAUGCCAACUUCCCCGUGGUGAAGCUGCUGCUGGACACAGGUGUCUGCAAUGUGGAUCAUCAGAACAAAGCCGGCUACACUGCUGUGAUGAUCACACCCUUGGCUUCGGCGGAGACUGAUGAAGACAUGGCUGUUGUCUGGAAGCUCUUAAGGGAAGGAAAUGUGAACAUCCAGGCUACGCAGGGGGGCCAGACGGCGCUGAUGCUGGGAGUCAGCCACGACCGGGAGGACAUGGUGCAAGCGCUCCUGAGCUGCCAGGCAGACGUCAACCUGCAAGACCACGAGGGAUCCUCAGCCCUCAUGCUGGCCUGUCACCAUGGCAACGCCGACCUGGUGCGGCUGCUCCUGGCACACCCGGCCUGCGACAGCAAUCUGACUGACAAGGCUGGCCGCACAGCUUUGUCCAUCGCUCUGAACUCCGCCGCCCUUGUGGAAAUGGCAGGGCUUCUGCGGGCCCACGCGGAGCAGGGCAGGUCCCUGGGGCUGUAAGGGCUGCCACAGAAGCAGCGAGGAGAACAAAAGCUCCUUCUCUGGACUCCUCCCUCGCCCUUGGAGAGAGCAGGGGUCAGAGCCAGAGGGCUGCCCCUCCAGAGAACAGCUAUGUCAAAUAUGCACAUACAUUCCUCUUGUAUAUUCUGCUCAUUAGGAUGCUUUGUAGUCUUUGCCUCAGGCCAAGCCCCAAAACUGCUCGGGCUCCAGAGCAGGGUGCAAAGUGCACGGGAGUGUGGGGUGUGCAUUGGUGUUGUCCAAACAUCCAAAACAUCUUCCGCCUUGAACUCCUCCUGACUCUCCCUUCUGUAGCAUCGUGUAGCAAGCAGGCAGGCAGGCAGGCAGGCUGGCACAGUCGCACAUUAGAAAAGCAAUACUUUUUACACGGAGUUUGAAAGUGCACCGUCUUUUUUUUUUUUUUUUUUUUUUUUUGCAAGUAUACCCAACUCUGUCCCACUGAAUAUGCACGCCUGGUGAGGAGGGGCAGCCACUCUGGCUGGCGUCCCCUGGUGGACCCGGGGACAGUCUCCGCAUAGAGGGGAGCUUGCUUUGGAGGGGCUUCACAGAAUCUUAAGUUCCUAAAUCUUCCAACAAGGUGGGGAGAAGCACAUCGGCACCGAUGCCAACCACACAGUCUUGACUAUUUCUGAGCCAUCCAGUGGCUCCAGUUCGCUCCUGGGAAAUGUGACUUAGGAAAUCCAGGCCGAGUCCGGUAACAUCAGCUCUUCUGAGCCUGGGAAAGGAACAGACAAAUCAGAAUGAGCUUCCUCCCGGGAAUGGGUUGCUGUCAUCUGCACGUCACCACCUCCCCUCCAUAGCCGUGGCCGUGGCCUCAUGGUAAUGCCUGGUGCUUCCCUGCAUAGCCCUGUGAGCAAGCAGCUGCUGGGCUGCCCCAGGAGCGUGAGAGCAGGGCAGGGCCCUCCCAGACUGACAGUGCCCACCACCAGACAGCUCUUCCCUAAGGUGCCGUAUUCCCUGAGGCCAUGCAGGCAUGGUUCAUGUACCAUAGCUCGCAUCCGUGAGUGUGUACUUCCUUAAAAUCUCUUAUGCAAAAAAUGCCCUUGGGAGGAGGCACAGCACAGUUGGUGAGCCUCACAUGUUGGCGGGGAUGCUGGUUUGCCUGGUGCUGUUGAUGCUUCACAAAGCCUCCUUGGGCUCCAGUUUCAUCAUCUCUGAAAACAGAAAUCAUCAUCCAACCCGCAUCCCGGGGGGUGCCAUGCAAGAAACAGCUGGUGGAAGUUUUGGAAUCCAAUUUAUAACCCAUAAAGGCUGUCUACAGGAAUGGAGCCGCACACUGCUUUUGCUGCCGUGAUUCCUAAGAGCAGCUCCAGGGCUCGGGCUGGAACACUGGCCGACUGACGUGUGUUGAUGCUGCUCAGAGGCGGAGAGACCGGAGCACAGAGUGAGCUAAAACGUGCUUUCAAAACACAUUGCCAGAGCAAAACCUCCAUUAAUCCCCAGUCUAGCUCCGCGCUUUGCAAACGCUGAUGUGCAUACAAAUCCCCUGGGAGCUGGUCAGCCUGCAGGAGGGUGGGGCAAGCCCUGAGCCUCUGCCCCUCUGCCCCUCUGCCCGGUUGCCAGGGGCUGCUGCUGCUGCUACCGGGCUCCAGCCGCACCUCGGCUGACUAGGCUGCGGCCUCGCCUUGUUGAUGGUGUAUUAAAAUGCUGCCUCUCCA